GAGGCCUGGGUCGAAGUUGGCGCUGCUGCCGCCGCCCUGCAGCCCACUCGGUGCCUCGGCAGCGCGCUUCUCUCCUAAAAUGGCUGCCGCUACCGGUGCUAUGGCAGCCUCGGCCCAGGCGGAAGGCAAAAAGAUCACCGAUCUGCGGGUCAUCGAUCUCAAGUCCGAGCUGAAGCGGCGGAACUUGGACAUAACCGGAGUCAAGACUGUGCUCGUCUCCCGACUCAAGCAGGCUAUUGAAGAGGAAGGAGGCGAUCCAGAUAAUAUUGAAUUAACUGUUUCAACUGAUACUCCAAACAAGAAACCAACCAAAGGCAAAGGUAAAAAACAGGAAGCAGAUGAGUUGAGUGGAGAUGCUUCUGUGGAAGAUGAUGCUUUUGUCAAGGACUGUGAAUUGGAGAAUCAAGAGGCACAUGAACAAGAUGGAAAUGACGAACUAAAGGACUCUGAAGAGUUUGGUGAAAAUGAAGACGAAAACUUGCAUUCCAAGGAGUUACUUUCUGCAGAAGAAAACAAGAGAUCUCAUGAAUUAAUAGAGGCAGAAGCAAUAGAAGAUUUAGAAAAAGACGACAUCGAAAGUCAGGAAAUUGAAGCUCAAGAAGGUGAAGAUGAUACCUUUCUAACAGCCCAAGAUGGUGAGGAAGAAGAAACUGAGAAAGAUAUAGCAGGUUCUGGUGAUGGUACACAAGAAGUAUCUAAACCUCUUCCUUCAGAAGGGAACCUAGCUGAAGCUGAUCACACAGCUCAUGAAGAGAUGGAAGCUAAUGCGACUGUGAAAGAAGCUGAGGAUGACAACAUCUCGGUCACAAUCCAGGCUGAAGAUGCCAUCACUCUGGAUUUUGAUGGUGAUGACCUCCUAGAAACAGGUAAAAAUGUGAAAAUUACAGAUUCUGAAGCAAGUAAGCCAAAAGAUGGGCAGGACGCCAUUGCACAGAGCCCGGAGAAGGAAAGCAAGGAUUAUGAGAUGAAUGCGAACCAUAAAGAUGGUAAGAAGGAAGACUGCGUGAAGGGUGAUCCUGUCGAGAAGGAAGCCAGAGAAAGUUCUAAGAAAGCAGAAUCUGGAGACAAAGAAAAGGAUACUUUGAAGAAAGGGCCCUCGUCUACUGGGGCCUCUGGUCAAGCAAAGAGCUCUUCAAAGGAAUCUAAAGACAACAAGACAACAUCCAAAGAUGACAAAGGAAGCACAAGUAGUACAAGUGGUAGCAGUGGAAGCUCAACUAAAAAUAUCUGGGUUAGUGGACUUUCUUCUAAUACCAAAGCUGCUGAUUUGAAGAACCUCUUUGGCAAAUAUGGAAAGGUUCUGAGUGCAAAGGUAGUCACAAAUGCUCGAAGUCCUGGGGCAAAGUGCUAUGGCAUUGUAACUAUGUCUUCAAGCACAGAGGUAUCCAGAUGUAUUACACAUCUUCAUCGCACUGAGCUGCAUGGACAACUGAUAUCUGUUGAAAAAGUUAAAGGUGAUCCUUCUAAGAAAGAAUUGAAGAAAGAAAAUGAUGAAAAGAGUACUUCAAGAAGUUCUGGAGACAAAAAAAGCACAAGUGAUAGGAGUAGCAAGACACAAGCCUCUGUCAAAAAAGAAGAGAAAAGGUCAUCUGACAAAUCUGAAAAAAAAGAAAGCAAGGAUACUAAGAAAAUAGAAGGUAAAGAUGAGAAGAAUGAUAAUGGAUCAAGCGGCCAAACUUCAGAAUCGAUUAAAAAAAGUGAAGAAAAGAAGCGCAUAAGUUCAAAGAGUCCAGGACAUAUGGUAAUUCUAGACCAAACUAAAGGCGAUCAUUGUAGGCCAUCAAGAAGAGGAAGAUAUGAGACAAUUCAUGCAAGAAGCAAGGAAAAAGAGAGAGCUAGCCUAGAUAAAAAAAGGGAUAAAGACUAUAGAAGGAAAGACAUCUUGCCUUUUGAAAAGAUGAAGGAACAAAGAUUGAGAGAACAUUUGGUUCGUUUUGAAAGAUUGCGACGGGCAAUGGAACUUCGAAGACGAAGAGAAAUUGCAGAAAGAGAGCGUCGAGAGCGAGAACGCAUUAGAAUAAUUCGUGAACGGGAAGAACGGGAACGCUUACAGAGAGAGAGAGAGCGCCUAGAAAUUGAAAGGCAAAAACUAGAGAGAGAGAGAAUGGAACGCGAACGCUUGGAAAGGGAACGCAUUCGUAUUGAACAGGAACGACGUAAGGAAGCUGAACGUAUUGCCCGAGAAAGAGAAGAAUUGAGAAGGCAACAGCAGCAGCUUCGUUAUGAACAAGAGAAAAGGAAUUCUUUGAAACGCCCACGUGAUGUAGAUCAUAGGCGAGAUGAUCCUUACUGGAGUGAGAAUAAAAAGUUGUCUCUAGAUACAGAUGCACGAUUUGGACAUGGAUCUGACUACUCUCGCCAGCAGAACAGAUUUAAUGACUUUGAUCAUCGAGAGAGGGGCAGGUUUCCUGAGAGUUCAACAGUACAGUCUUCAUCUUUUGAAAGGCGAGAACGCUUUGUUGGUCAAAGUGAAGGGAAAAAAGCGCGUCCUACACGAAGAGAAGAUCCAGGUUUUGAAAGGUAUCCCAAAAAUUUCAGUGAUUCCAGAAGAAAUGAACCUCCACCACCAAGAAAUGAUCUUAGAGAAACAGACAGGCGAGAAGUACGAGGGGAACGAGAUGAGAGAAGAACUGUCAUCAUUCAUGAUAGGCCUGAUAUCACGCAUUCUAGACAUCCUCGAGAAGCAGGGCCCAAUCCAUCUAGACCAACCACCUGGAAAGGUGAAGGAGGCAUGUCUACUGACAAAAGGGAAACAAGAGUUGAAAGGCCAGAACGAUCUGGGAGAGAAGUAUCAGGGCACAGUGUGAGAGGGGCUCCCCCUGGGACUCGGAGUAAUGCUUCAGGCUAUGGAAGCAGAGAGGCAGACAGAGGAGUCAUCACAGACCGAGGAAGUGGAGCUCAGCACUAUCCUGAAGAACGACAUGUAGUGGAACGGCAUGGACGAGACACAAGUGGACCAAGGAAAGAGUGGCAUGGUCCACCUUCUCAAGGGCCUAGCUAUCAUGAUGCAAGGCGAAUGGGUGAUGGCCGGACAGGAGCAGGCAUGAUAACCCAACAUGGAAGUACUGCAUCCCCAAUUAAUAGAAUUGUACAAAUCAGUGGCAAUUCCAUGCAAAGAGGAAGUGGCUCCGGAUUUAAGCCAUUUAAAAGUGGACCUCCACGACGAUUCUGAAAAGUUAGCUCUCUACCAUGGUUUCAAGAUAAUUUAUUGAAAUCUCCUGUAAACUUUACUUGACAAAUUCUGAAGAGGACCUCUGACUGCUUGAGAGUUGCCAGACUUUUUUUUCUUUUUUAAAAAUUUAACAUAAUUGCUUUUCUCAAUUUUGGAGAAGAUGUUUAAAUAGUUCUGUUGUAACUUUUAAUAGUUUUGUGUAUCAUUCAACUUUUCCUUGCAGCACCAAGACACAUUUGAAAGGUUGGCAUCAAAACCAUUUUUGUUUAAUGCCGUGUGAAUAUAAAGAGUAGUUUGAGGAUGUGUGGUAGUAGUUUAAUUUCAGCAUUAGCUCUAUGGUGUCAGGCUUUAGAAUUAUUUCUUUUCACCAAGCAUUUUCAGUCUCCAUUUUGAAGGCUGUCAAAGCUUAAAUGUCUUCUGUCUAAUUUUUAGAGAAUAAGAUUGUUCUUGCAUUUCUGAGUAUUAUGUAACCUAUUUUUGCAGAAGGUACUGUUACAUUAAGUGCAUCUGUGUUUCCUGGUUUAAAAAAUGUACUCUUUUUUGAAAUAAACCUUCAUAUUCUGUA